AUGAUUAUCUUUAACACCGUCGUGCUGGCAUUGGAGACGAGUCCUUCGCUGCGAUACGAAUUUGAGCUGGAGCUGGCCAUCAUUGAUCAGAGCCUGCUGGCUAUCUACACAGUUGAGGCUAUACUGCGCAUCUACGCCGAGCCCAAGAACUAUUGGCUGCAGUUCUCGAACCUGUUCGACUUCCUGUUGGUGAUCGUGUCCCUCUGCCAGCCCGUGAUCGAGAUGUUUGUGAAGGGUGCGGGUGGUGUUAUGGUGUUCCGCAUGUUCCGCGCCCUGAAGGCGCUCAGGACACUGCGGAGUGUCAGCUUCUCCACGAACCUGCAGGUUCUAGUCAGCGCUUUGAUCGACACCAUACGCCGCUACGUCGUCAGCGUCAUCAUUUUGCUCGUCUUUAUCAUGUUUCUGUUCGGGGUCGUCGGCUACUACCUUUUCGGCAGCAAUAAGUUCGCCGCUGACCAGAGCGCGCGCGAGGACUGGGGCAACCUGGGCAGAGCGAUGCUCUCCCUUUUCACGUACGUCACCGCAGACGGCUGGACUGCGAUUCAAGAAAACAUUGACGACGCAGACAUGACAGGCAAGUGGAGCAGAUUGUACACCAUAGGUUUCAUUUGCAUUGGCCAUUUUAUCAUGACCAACGUCUUCAUCGGCAUCAUCAUUAUGAAUAUCAGCGAGGCGACCGAGACCUUCCGUAAGGAGCGGCGGCGAGAGCGCGAGCUGGCGGUGAGGAGGAAGAAGUCCUUCAUGAUGAAGCGACAGCGGGAGGACAUCAACCGCAUGAUGGAGAAGCAGCGGCGCGGCAACUGGAGCAACUUCUACGAGAUGGUGCAGAGUUUCCAAGAGUCGUUAAGUCACGACGACUAUACGACAGUACACGACAUGUGCACGAACCCAGUGUGGAUUAACACCUUCCUCAGCAGUUUGGACCAGCAGGACUACACGCUGGAGAAUCUCUUCUUUCUACACUUCGAGAUGAUGCACACGCUGGCGGCCAUGGCUGAGAACGAGACGAGACCGGAGGAGCAGAGGCCUGCCUGA